AUGAACGUCAGCAAUCCAUCCGUAGACCCCAUGUCUCUGUCUCUCCCUUCACCGUCUGACAGUACCUCGGGCAAACGAUCAUCCAGUCCAGACAGCAACGUGGAAGGACCUUCGCGCAAACGACAGAGGUCCGACGCAACCAGCGAGGAGCGCAGGGAGGCGCGUAUGCACCGUAAUCGCAUCGCAGCCCAGAACUCUCGCGACCGACGCAAGGCUCAAUUUUCCUACCUUGAACGACGAGUGGCGGAACUCGAGGAGGAAAAUCGACAGCUACGCGCUAGCUUGGGUACGCAGGGAUUUAUCAGGGCGCAGGACACGGGCUCGCUGGGGCAAGAGAAGGAGAGGGCGAGGGAUCGAGAGAAUGAGGAGUUGAAGGAGAGGAUCAAGACCCUCGAGAGGGGUUGGGAAGCUGUCGUCAAAGCGUUGGCUGCCCAAGGUCUGCCUACUGGUCUCUCCUCGGCCUCUCUACCUCCUGCGUCCACACUUGAACCCUCAAUACGCCCCUUGCCUGUCGCUGUGCCUCCAAAUUUCCCCUUGUCGCCUGCCCCAUCCCAUUCAUCUUCAUCCGCUCUCCCCAGUCCAGGACCACUCUACCCUGACGGAUCAGAUUUCACUCGCCACUCAGCACGGCUCAACGGUGUCCUUGCGACUGCGGGCCCAUCCCUCCCGACGAACACGACAACUUCAACUAUCGACGAAGCAGCUAUGGACACCCUGCUCCGCGAGAUCCUCGCAGAACCCCCGUCUACUUCUCUUAACUCAUCGCCGUCGCCUCUCCAACUCCAGGUCUCCCCUUCAUACUCACCAACAUCCCCGGUACCGAUCACAUCGACAAUAACUCCUCCGACCGAUGCCGUCGCGAAUGUCAGCGACUGGGAGCCCGACAUGGAGAUGCAGAGGCUGCUGGACUUGUUACCAAGCGUCCAGCCGGAUGGCGAGGAGUUCAUUUCAUCAAGCCUUGACUUGGAUCUUUGCGGGUGGGAUAUGGAUAGUGUCGUCCACCCCACAUCGUCAAACCAGCUUGGCGUCUUCUGA